UAGUUGUUGGCACAUUAGUCAAACUCAUGGAAUUCAGUAUUCAUCGAGCAUUCAGAGAAGGGACACAACUCUCAGGACCUUAAAACUCAUCCACUCUGUUGAGAAAGUGAACAUUGAAGUAUUUAAAAUGGCCUUGAGUCGAAUUGCAAUUACCCUUUCAAUUUUAUUAACGUUAAAAUGGGUCAUUGGCAUCCCAGUGAUAGUGAAUCGAGAUAUUGACGAUUAUUGGUCUAAACGAGCUAAUUUCAUUCGAGAAGAGGAGAGCGUUGCCUUUGGUGGCGAUGUACCAUUACAGAAAAAUGAAUUUCUCAUGAAUUACACUUUAAUGUCGGCUAAAUUCAUGGAAAUUGAUGAAGGUUUUGCAGAUCAGGGUAAAUUCCUUCCAAGAUCAAAUUUUCUCCGCGUGAAAAAUGAAAUAGAAAAGUCGAAAGUUUUUCAAAUAAUAAAAAAAAUGCCGAAAGGAGCAAUUCUUCAUGCGCACGAUUUGGGACUUUUAUCUCUGAAUUAUGUAUUGACAAACGUCACUUAUCGAGACAAUCUCUACGCUUGUGAGAAAAAUGGUCAACUGAAACUGAUGUUCUUUAAACAGCCAAACAAAGAUUGUAAAUGGAAAUUGCUCAGCAAACUAAGGCAAAAUUCCACAAAAGCCUCGGAGAUAAAUAAACGAAUUCAACGACAAAUGUCAAUGGUCACAAAGCAUCCCAAAUAUCCCGAUGGCGAUAAGGCUUGGAUCAAAUUCCAAAGUAUUUUUGAAUUUCUUUUCCCGUUUCUCACAUACAAACCCGUUUUCGAGGAUUAUUACUACCAUUGUCUUCAGGAAAUUUAUGACGAUAAAGUAUUAUACUUAGAAUUGAGAACAAUUCUUCCAGAUUUAUUCGACUUGGAUGGCAGGGUGUAUAAAAAGUCAGAAGUUAUGCAGAUUUUAAAGGAUGUUACAGACAGAUUUACGGCAACUCAUCAAGAUUUCAUCGGUGCAAAAAUAAUCUAUGCUCCAACGAGACGUGUCGAUUUGAAUCAAUUGAAAGAAUACUUGGAAAAUGCGAGACAAUUGAAAAAAGAUUUUCCUUCAUUUCUGGCCGGUUUCGAUUUAGUCGGACAAGAGGAUAAGGGAGGUCUGUUAAUUGAUUUCGCCGAUCAGUUACAAAUUCUCGGAAAAGAUAUUCCAUUCUUCUUCCAUGCAGGUGAAACCGAUUGGUAUGGACUCAGCACUGAUCAGAAUCUCAUUGACGCAAUUUUGUUGAAUACUAAAAGAAUUGGACAUGGAUACGCUUUACUGAAGCAUCCAAAAGUAAUGGAGUUGGUCAAAGAGAAGAAUAUCGCAAUUGAAAUCAACCCAAUUUCCAAUCAAGUGCUGUCUCUCGUGGGUGACAUGAGAAAUCAUCCUGCGACUUUUCUUUUCGCCGAAAAUUAUCCAGUGGUGGUGUCUUGCGAUGAUCCCGGACUUUGGGGAGCCAGGGCAUUGAGUUACGAUUUUUAUGAAGCCUUCAUGGGUCUCAUGGCAAGAUCCUCUGAUUUAAGGGCUCUGAAGAAACUCGCCUUAAAUUCAAUUGCCUUCAGUAUGAUGACUGACGAUGAGAAAUCAUCGGCUUUUCUCUCCUUCGAAAAACAGUGGCAACAGUUUCUUCAAGUUUCUGAAAAUGGACAUGUCUAUGAAUUGUAGUCAAUUUUCUAUUGUUAAUUAAUUAAAUUAAUUAAAAUUAAUUAUUUAAUUAAAUUAAUUAAUUAUUAAAUUAAAUUAAUUAAUUAUUAAAUUAAAUUAAUUAAUUA